AUGUGUAGUUGCCUUCCUGGUACCACCGGAGAUCCUUUCACGCUGUGUCGACCAUAUGCCAUCGAAGAACCAAGGAAACAACCAUGCACACCGUCUCCCUGCGGUCCAAACGCUGUCUGCAAAGUGGUGAACGAUCAUGCAGUCUGCUCCUGUCAGACCGGUUUUAUCGGCAGUCCUCCUGCCUGCAGACCAGAGUGCGUAGUCAGUGCCGAGUGUCCUUUGACUCAAGCCUGUCUCGCUAACAAGUGUCAAGAUCCUUGCCCUGGUACUUGCGGUCAGAACUCCAAGUGCCAAGUAGUGAAUCACAAUCCGAUUUGCAGCUGUUACGAGGGUCACACUGGCGAUCCCUUCACUAGAUGCUAUCUGAUGCCCAAGCAACCACCGAUAACAACGAAUCCCUGUCAACCAUCCCCCUGUGGACCUAACGCAGAGUGUCAAGUGAGAGGUGACAGUCCAGCGUGUUCGUGUAUCGAGAAUUACAUCGGUGUGCCGCCUAAUUGCAGGCCCGAGUGCACGAUCAAUCCGGAGUGUCCGCCGCAUUUAGCGUGUAUGCAACAGAAGUGUCGCGAUCCGUGUGUCGGUCUGUGCGGUCUGAAUGCUCAGUGUUCGGUGGUGAAUCAUCACGCAGUGUGUGCUUGUGUUGAAAGUUACACCGGAAAUCCGUUCAGCGUUUGCGAGCCGGUCACCAAGGAUACACCCCUAGACAUUAGGAAACCAUGCGAGCCUUCUCCCUGCGGUACCAAUGCGAUCUGUCGCGAGAGCAAUGGCGUCGGUUCCUGUUCCUGUCUGCCAGACUACAUUGGUGACCCCUACGAAGGAUGCAGACCCGAAUGUACCCAAAAUUCCGAUUGCUCCAAGACGAUGGCCUGCGUGGGCCUCAAGUGCAGAGACCCCUGUCCAGGAACUUGCGGAUUACAAGCCCGUUGCGAAACGAUCAAUCACGUUCCAGUGUGUUCUUGUAACCCUGGUUACACUGGCAACCCGUUCACGUAUUGUUCCCCGGCCUCUGUCACUCCUACCCCCGUAGAGUCAGACCCCUGUAGCCCCACCCCGUGCGGGCCGAAUAGCCAAUGUCGAAACGUGAACGACCACGCCGUGUGUACCUGCCUGGCGAAUUUCAUUGGAACCCCGCCGAGUUGUCGACCCGAAUGUGUGGUGAACAGCGAGUGCACGAGAGAACUCGCGUGCAUUAAUCAGAAAUGCGCGUCUCCGUGCGUGAACUCGUGCGGCAUCAACACGCAGUGCAAGGUGAUCAACCACAGCCCCAUAUGCAUCUGCAAUAUUGGAUACACCGGUGACCCGUUUACCAAAUGCUUCCCUGCUCCACAAGCUCCCCAGAACGACUUUGACCUCGUUCCCAAAGACCCGUGCAUACCAUCGCCCUGUGGCAUGUACGCGGAAUGCAGGAACAUCGGUGGCACAGCUUCCUGUUCCUGUCUGGCAAGAUACAUCGGGGCCCCACCGACUUGUCGACCAGAAUGUCGCGUGAAUUCUGACUGUCCCAUGAAUCUCGCCUGUAGCAAUGAGAAAUGCAGAGAUCCUUGUCAAGGAUCCUGCGGAGUAACCUCUCUGUGCACAGUUUACAACCAUGUGCCCGUGUGCACCUGUCCUGAAGGGUACACUGGAGAUCCUUUCAGCAACUGCUACCCUACUCCCGUUAGACCAACUGAAGCAACUGUUAUUGACCCCUGUGCAUCAUCACCCUGUGGCUCGAAUACACGUUGCGAUAAUGGAAUUUGCUCGUGCUUACCCGAAUAUCAGGGUGAUCCCUAUGUGGGUUGUAGACCAGAGUGUGUGCUGAACACGGAUUGCCCUCAGAAUCUGGCUUGCAUCAGAAAUAAGUGUGUCGAUCCUUGUCCUGGCACCUGUGGCCGAAAUGCUCAGUGCAUGGUAUACAAUCACGUGCCUAUGUGUAGCUGUCCGAGUGGAAUGGUUGGAAAUGCGUUCGUUCAAUGCACUGUUCUCCAAGAUACCGUACAGAGGAAUCCUUGUUCACCGUCACCUUGUGGACCAAACAGUGUUUGUCGGGAAAUUAAUGAACAACCAGUCUGCUCCUGCGUGGCAGGAUUCCUGGGUGCUCCACCUGCUUGUAGGCCAGAGUGCACAGUUAGCUCCGACUGUCCUCUGACAGAAGCUUGUAGUAAUCAGAAAUGUGUAAAUCCUUGCCCUGGUACUUGUGGAUUCAGAGCUGUCUGCAACGUUGUCAACCAUAAUCCUAUCUGUAGCUGUUUACCCGAGCAUACUGGAGAUCCAUUUGUCCAGUGUGUCCCACGACCACCCGAGCCUGUAGUCCCACAGAACCCGUGCGAACCUUCUCCGUGCGGGCCCAAUGCUCAGUGCAGAGUCGUGAACGAUGCACCCUCCUGUUCCUGUUCACCGGAAUUCAUAGGCACUCCGCCUAACUGCAGACCAGAGUGUGUCAGCAACAGCGAAUGUUCUAGUCAGAUGGCCUGUGUAAAUCAGAAAUGUAGAGAUCCUUGUCCUGGAUCCUGCGGAGCCAACGCGGAUUGUCGCGUUGUCAGUCAUACACCCAUGUGUGUCUGUCCUAGUGACUAUGUCGGUGAUCCUUUCACACAGUGCACACCUAGGCCACCUGUACCUGUCAAUCUUUCCCCAUGCUCCCCAUCACCGUGCGGUUUCAAUGCUAUAUGCAAAGAACAAAACGGUGUCGGUUCAUGCUCCUGUUUACCCGAUUACAUUGGCAAUCCCUAUGAAGGGUGUCGGCCAGAAUGUGUCAUUGACACGGAUUGCCCAUCCACGUUCAGCUGCAUACGUUCUAAGUGCCAAGAUCCUUGUCCAGGCACUUGUGGUACCAACUCCGAGUGUAAGGUCAUCAAUCAUCGUCCCGCGUGCACGUGCCUUCAAGGAUACAGUGGAAAUCCCUUCCAAUACUGUACCUUGAUUCGUGAAAUAGAAGACGAGACGAAGUAUAAGGAUCCGUGCAGUCCUUCACCCUGUGGACCAAAUAGCCAAUGUCGCGUAGUAAACGGGCAAGGAGUCUGCUCUUGUCUUCCUGAAUACACAGGCACACCUCCCAUGUGUCGACCAGAGUGUGUUCUAAACUCAGAAUGUCCACAAGAUCGGGCGUGUGUUAACCAGAAGUGCGUGAAUCCGUGUCCCGCAUCUUGUGGCACGUUCGCCACCUGUGUGGUCAGAAACCACAGUCCCAUCUGCGCCUGCAGGGAAUCAUACACAGGAGAUCCUUUCACCAGAUGCUUCCCCAUACCUCAAGCCUUACCACCCGCAACGUUCGAAGCUUCGCAACCUUGUUUGCCAUCUCCCUGUGGUCCAAACUCCGAAUGUCGCGUGGUUAACGGCGGCCCAUCUUGCCAAUGUCUAUCCACGUACAUCGGCAGUCCUCCAAACUGCAAACCAGAGUGUACCAUCAACUCUGACUGUCCCAGUAACAGAGCUUGCAUCAGGCAGAAGUGCGUGGACCCCUGUCCAGGGUCAUGCGGAGUAGGGACUCAGUGUAGCAUAACUAAUCAUAUACCUAUGUGCACAUGUGUCCAAGGAUACACUGGAGAUCCCUUCAGCAAUUGUUAUCCAACACCACCGCAAUUGGCACCCCCCGAAUCAGACCCCUGCAACCCGUCACCCUGUGGACCUAACGCUCAGUGUAACGCAGGAAUAUGCACUUGUUUGCCGGAGUAUCAAGGCGAUCCUUAUACUAGCUGUCGUCCAGAAUGCGUCCUCAACAAUGACUGCCCUCUGAACAGAGCAUGCGUUCGCAACAAAUGCGUGGAUCCUUGUCCAGGCACUUGUGGUAGAAACGCUGUUUGCAAUGUCUUAAAUCACGUACCCAUGUGCAGUUGCCUACCGGGAAUGGCUGGCAAUGCUUUCAUAUCCUGUGACAGAGUCGAAGAACCAGUACAGGUGAAUCCCUGUAAUCCAUCUCCUUGUGGACCUAACAGCCAGUGCAGAGGCAUAAAUGGUCAGGCUGUGUGUUCCUGCGUGCCAGGAUACCUUGGCAGUCCACCUAGUUGUAGACCAGAAUGCGUGGUUAGCUCUGACUGUCCCAGGAAUCGAGCUUGCAACAACCAAAAGUGCAUUGAUCCUUGCUCUGGCACCUGUGGCUUGAAGGCACUGUGCCAGGUUGUUAAUCACAACCCUGUGUGCAGUUGUCCUUCCGAUUUCACGGGGGAUCCUUUCACUAGAUGUGAAUUUAUCACAAUGAGCCCACCACAAGAAGACACCUGUGCGUCUUGCCAGUGCGGUCCCAAUUCCGUGUUUCAAACGAUCAACGACAAACCGUCCUGUGCCUGUUUGCCCGAUUUUAUCGGUUCUCCACCAAAUUGUAGACCAGAGUGCGUGAGCAAUAGCGAGUGCUCCAGCAACAUGGCUUGUAUCAAUCGAAAGUGUAGAGAUCCCUGUCCAGGCUCGUGUGGUUCCAAUGCUGAGUGCCGAGUGGUCAGUCAUACGCCGAUGUGCGCCUGCCUGAGUAGUUUCACGGGCGAUCCCUUCACUCAGUGCACUCUGAAACUACCCGAGAUCGAACCCACGACGCAGUCCCCAUGCGUCCCAUCACCUUGCGGUCCAAACGCAGUUUGCAAAGAGCAAAACGGGGCAGGUUCCUGCACCUGUGCUCCGGAUUACAUAGGCAACCCGUACGAAGGAUGUCGACCCGAGUGCACCGUGAACUCUGAUUGCCCCUCGAACCUGGCCUGUAUCAGGUCCAAGUGUCAGAACCCGUGUCCUGGUACAUGCGGUCAGAACGCUGAUUGCGCGGUGAUCAAUCACCUGCCCAGUUGCACUUGUCUGACCGGCUUCACCGGGGAUCCCUUCGUGAACUGUUACGUCCAGCCGAUAAUUAGCCCCAUUGCACAGGGAAAUCCCUGUAGCCCCUCGCCUUGCGGACCCAAUAGCUUGUGCCGUGUGAACAAUGGCCAGGCUGUCUGUUCUUGCCUACCUGAUUACGUUGGCAGUCCUCCUGGCUGUCGACCAGAGUGCGUAGUCAGCUCAGAAUGUCCUCUGAACAGAGCUUGCGUUAAUCAGAAAUGCACCGAGCCCUGUGCCGAUCGCUGCGGCACUAACGCAGACUGCAGAGUCGUGAACCAUAGUCCUAUCUGCUCCUGCAAGUUGGACUUCACCGGGGACCCCUUCACCAGAUGUUUCCCAGCACCAAAACCAUUGCCAACCCCAAUUGAAAACCCCUGUGUACCAUCCCCCUGUGGGCCGAAUUCGGAAUGCCGCGAUAUCGGAGGUUCUCCGUCCUGUUCCUGUUUAUCGAACUACAUGGGCAGCCCGCCGAAUUGUAGACCAGAAUGCACCAUAAAUCCUGACUGUCCCAGCAAUAGAGCUUGCAUGAGCGAAAAGUGCAGAGACCCGUGCCCCGGCUCCUGUGGAUUCGGCGCCAUUUGCAACGUGAUUCAUCACACCCCUGCAUGUUCUUGUCCCGAGGGUUUCACGGGAGAUCCUUUCAAUAGUUGUCAACCACUACCACCUCAGUCCGCGGAUGUUCCGUCAGACCCCUGCAACCCCACACCUUGUGGCCCGAACGCGGAAUGCAACAAUGGCGUUUGCACUUGCCUCCCCGAGUACCGAGGAAACCCCUACGAACUCUGUCGACCUGAAUGCAUCCUCAACAACGACUGCCCCCAGAAUAGAGCUUGCGUUCGCAACAAAUGCGUUGACCCUUGUGUAGGAACCUGCGGACAGAACGCAAUUUGUAACGCGUACAAUCACGUUCCUAUGUGCAGCUGUCCUGCUGGAAUGUCUGGAAAUGCAUUCGUGCUCUGUAGCGUCUCAAGAGAACCGAUUGGACCAGUAGACCCUUGCAGACCGUCUCCUUGCGGACCCAACAGCCAGUGCCGCGUGGUGAACGAGCAAGCAGUUUGUUCUUGCGUUCAGGGUUACCUGGGAACUCCACCUUCUUGCAGACCAGAAUGCGUGGUCAGUUCAGACUGUCCACGAAAUCUGGCUUGCAACAACCAGAAAUGCGUAGAUCCUUGCUUGGGCACCUGUGGAUUGAGAACUCAGUGUCAGGUGGUGAACCAUAAUCCUAUUUGUAGUUGUCUUCAGAGACUUUCCGGAGACCCCUUCACCAGAUGCGACCCUAUAAUCGAAACAGCCGUCGAGCUCGCGAACCCCUGUCAACCAUCUCCCUGUGGUCCCAACGCUCAGUGUCGCGUCGUGAACGACUCGCCCUCUUGCACUUGCGUGUCAGAGUUCAUUGGAACGCCACCGAAUUGUAGACCCGAGUGUGUUAGUAACAGCGAGUGUGGUUCCCAUCUCGCCUGCAUGAAUCAGAAGUGUCGAGACCCAUGUCCUGGUGCUUGUGGAUCCAACACGGAGUGCCGUGUUGUCAGUCACACCCCUAUGUGUGUCUGCUUGAGCGGUUACACUGGGGACCCCUUCACUCAGUGCACGAUCCAACAACCAACGGUCCUUGAGAACGUGUCACCCUGCACGCCAUCGCCCUGCGGAGCAAACGCAAUGUGCAAAGAGCAAUACGGAGCAGGUUCUUGCACCUGUUUGCCAGACUAUAUUGGAAAUCCCUACGAAGGAUGUCGCCCAGAGUGCACCGUGAACUCUGACUGCGUAUCCAAUAUGGCUUGCGUGCGUUCCAAGUGCCAAGAUCCCUGUCCAGGAACCUGUGGUCAAAACUCAAUUUGCCAAGUGAUCAAUCACUCACCAGCGUGCACUUGCAUGCCUGGGUUCACUGGCGAUCCCUUCAGAUACUGCAAUCCUAUUACUCAAGCUGAAUCAGUCCCAAGAGAACCCUGCAAUCCAUCCCCCUGUGGACCAAACAGCCAAUGUCGGGCCGUCAACAACCAACCAGUUUGCACCUGCCUACCAGAAUAUAUAGGAAGUCCCCCUGGAUGUCGCCCAGAGUGCGUAAUGAGCUCGGAAUGUCCGUCAAAUAGAGCUUGCGUGAACAACAAGUGUGUUAAUCCUUGCCCCCAGCCCUGUGGUUUGAGCACCAACUGCAUGGUGUUAAAUCACAGCCCCAUUUGCAGUUGCAAACAAGGCUUCACUGGAGAUCCCUUCAGUAGAUGCUUCCCUGUGCCAAAACCUGCACCUGGCCCAGUUGUUCAGAACCCCUGCGUACCCUCACCUUGCGGACCCUAUGCAGAAUGUCGCGAUAUUGGUGGCGCGCCAUCUUGCUCUUGUCUUAGCUCCUAUAUCGGAAGCCCACCAAACUGUAGACCCGAGUGCACUAUCAAUUCUGACUGCCCCAGUAGUCAGGCUUGCAUGAACGAGAGAUGUAGAGACCCCUGCCCUGGUUCUUGCGGAUUAUCGGCUACCUGUAACGUAAUUAAUCACACGCCAUCUUGCACGUGUCCAGAAGAUUUCACGGGAGAUCCUUUCACGAACUGUUACCUCAAACGUAAGCAAUUUUCUGAGAAAUUUCAUCGGACUUUGAAUUUCCUCGCGUUUGUAAUCGGAUUUAGACAGCUCGAUUCAUUCUCUUCUCGGAAAUCCUGA